GCCUUUAUUGCUGUCACGUGAUUACUUGAAACAACAUUAAACAUGGCGGACGAAGAAGAAGUUGAACCUGGAUUAAAAGCGGACCCAUACGGACCGCGUUUGAUCGAACUUUACCGAGGGGAAAAUGGAUUUGGAUUUAACGUUCGUGGCCAAGUGUCUGAGGGGGGACAACUUAAGUCUAUAAACGGUGAAUUAUAUGCUCCGUUGCAGCACGUAAGUGCCGUUUUGGAGAACGGCCCAGCACAUUGUGGAGGUCUUCGCAUAGGAGACAGAAUCCUCGAAGUGUAAGAAGAUUUACGUUUUUGUUGUUGUGAUUUUUGACAAGGGAAACCUUUCUUUUUUAAAGAACUCGAUGCUUCCCCGGAAUACUGAUUUUCCAAUUUUUGCACGUUAAAUGAAUUGAAGGUGAAAGUUGCAACGAUUUGUUUCUGACAAGGACUUAAUUAAGGCAUGUACACAGUGAACGCUAGCUGUUUGUUUCACAACUUGUUUUCUAGACAGCUGUCUUAACGAUGUUUUCGCUGUCAUUUGGAGUGAUAAAAAUGAGGCACAGGAUAUUUACUUUGUCGCCAACAAUUUUCCUGUUUGAUUUCUGGAGAUUUCUCAAGUACUUUAUAUACAGUAAUAAAAAUACUUGGAGUGGCGUUGUGGCUGUCCGAUAGGUCAAGGUUAAUUGAAUGUAAUCGAAUUAAUGUAUGAUAAUACCACCGAAAUCUACUGCUGUUACUCUUUUGGUGAUUGUUCAAGUGGCUGUACUUGAGCUUAAAAUAGAACAGAGAUCUACUUAAGCCGCCAUAACCAGUUUGUAAUGUGAACAAUUCCUGGAGCAGUCAAUCGAUAAAAAUCGGUAGCAAUCAAGUGAUUUUUAUCAAUUGAUACCGGAAAUUGGUGAAAAUCAAUAAACUAAAUUGCUGUGUCAAAAUAUCGAUUUUUCAUGAUUUUAACGAUUUAUAAUGGAAGUCCGCCUCUGUGGUUCAAUGUAUUUUGGCAAAAGUUAGAUAGUACAGCUGAGAAAACACAUCUACGAGUAACAACUAAUCAACAAACAUGAAAAGUUAGACAGUACAGCUGAGAAAACACAUCCACGAGUAACAACGAAUCAAAAAACAUGAAAAUGUGGAAACUAUUACACACACGUUUCUCUCUAAAACCUGGUAUUUUGUUCAAAAUAACAAAAACAGUUCAGUUUAAUUACAUCCAGUUCUUGCUGGCAAGUGUCAGGAGAAAUAUAACCCCGAUAAAGAUCUCCUAUCCUGAAUUUCAGACAACCUCCCGAGUUGAAGGGGCCAGUGUCUGAACUAGAUUCAGAUUACCCUAGAUAGAUUUUCAUCAUUUUCCAUUAUCGAUCGAUAAAAAUCACUCAAUUGCUGACAAUUUCCAUCGAUUUCGAUUUUAUUUUAUCUAUUGGCUACUCCGGGAUGUAGCUAUUCCUGGAAUUCUGAACGGAAUUCGUGGCAGGUCUAAAUUGUGAGAAACGGGGUACCUUUAAACUGGGCCAAAAUCAGCCAUCAGAUGAAGAUUUUAAACCUGGUUUUAAAGAAAAGAUAAGAUUUUUUUAAAAGAUGUUUUUUAAUAAAGUGAGGGCAGUUGUUUGAUCCUUUGAGUCUCAUUCUUAUUCUUAGCAAUGGUGAAAAUGUGGAGGGAGCGACACACAAACAUGUUGUGAACCUGAUUAAAAAAGGAGGGGAUAAGUUAACAUUGGUGGUUAUAUCUGUGAGUCAACAUGCUGCUGAAAAGCUGGAUAGUGAUAGCUCAUCUGGAGGCGAGGAUUAUGAUUAUUCAGACAAGUGUGUUAUACCAUUAUCCAUACCAGAGAUGCGUCAAGUCACUAGUAAUGGUGAAACGUACAUGGUAGGUAAUGCGAGUCUCGUUACACUUGUCCCAAGGACACGACAAGCACAUCUCAUAUUUUGCUUGCUAAGGUCAGCCCUGUGCUUGGGUUAGUUUGGGGUCUUACAAAAUGCAAUGCAGUUAUAAAAUGUAUUGUAGUUACAAAAUGACUGAGACCUAGUCAUUUGCCCAUAGGGCAAGUGAGUAUAAACAGGGUACAUCUGGACAGGACGUUUUUCAAGCUCCGAUAGCAAGCAGCAUAUAUCACUCUUUUUGAGAAGAAGUCAUAAAUAGUUGUGAACUUAUUGUUCAGGGCUCAAAAAAAUUCCCAACCUACAAACAAGUCAAUUUCCUUGCUGAGCAAGUAACUUUCUAAAAAGAGUAAGAAGUGGCUCCAGGCAAGCAUAAAAUGUGACUAGAGCUGCUUUACUAAAAGACAAAUUGGAAUUCAAGUCUUUUUGAGCCCUAUGUUGUGUAACCUCUUAAGAGCCCUGGAUUACAAACUGUCUAUAGUAAACUGAACUGAUGCAGCAAUCUUCCCUUCAAUCAAGCGCAUUUCUUUAUUUUCAAAUUACACGUCCAACGCAUUAAGUACCAAAUUAUUUGUUCUUAUUAUUUUAGGUUUAUAAUAUAUAUUUUGAAGACAAGCAUAUUUGUUCCAGAAGAUACAAAGAAUUUUCAAAUUUACAUAACAAGGUGAGAAAUUCAGUUUAUUUACAAAUUUUUACUGUCAAAAAUUUUAUGAGUACUAUUAAAACGUCAACAGAUUAUUUUACGAAUAUAUUUGUUAACAUGGUCUACAGGAACAAAAUGAAAGCAGCAUCUUAUCUGAUGGGGUACUGGGUACGAGUCUGGUACAAUAUCAACAAGUUAUAAACAUUUAAUAAUAAUCUUAAAACCUUGCAAAUUUUAUAACAGCAAUUCAUUAUGAGUUUAGAAUAUCUUGCAUGUUCUUGAGUUUUUCUAAAAUUCAAAACCCAUAGUUAUCAUGAAAUACUAUGCCCAAAAACAAAAUAUGGAAAGUAAUAAAUAUAGAGUCAGCUCUCUCUAAGACAGAAACCUAUGGGAGUGUCACUAAUUGCCGACUAUAAGAGUGAUGUCUGUCUUAAGAGACUCAAGUAAAGGGAGUAAGGAAAGGCAGAGGCCAACUCUGCAGUAAAAGAGGUGUCUUUUAAGAGAGAGUGGACUGUAAUAAGUAGAGAGCUAAUUAUCACUUUUAUACCUUAAAUUUAGCUCAAAAAGGAGUUCAGAGAUUUUCAGUUUCCAAAGUUCCCUGGGAAAUGGCCAUUUAAUUUGUCAGAUCAACAGUUAGAAUCUCGAAGGAAAGGUCUGGAAUCCUACCUUGAACAAGGUAAUAUUAAUAAAUAAAAUUGUUAUCUAUUUUGUAUAUUCAGCAUAAAGUCGAAUGAAACCAUAGCAUGUCAGUAAUAAUAAUAUUAUUUUUAGGCUUCAGUGUAGUUUCUCUCUCAUAACUUGCUUGGAACCUGGUGAUCUUCAAUAAUACUUCAUCAUUAUCCUCUUCAUUAUUCUAAAUAGAUUUUGUAGCAGUAAUGAUUCUCUGUCUUGCCUAUUCUGUACUUGUUCUUACAAUAGCAAAUUGCAGCAAGGUUUUCUCAAGAAGCCUUGUGAUUAAUGUAUCUUAGACUUGUACCUAUUGUUUGCAAACAAAUUUAUUGUAAGGUUGCAGGUAGUGUCAUUUUAGAAACCAUAAACCACAAAGGCCCUCUUACAAAAAACGUAAACCUUGUUAAGAAUUUCAAACCAUAUCCAGGCCCUGAAAAAUUUUUUGUCCUCAUUUUAAUAUUGAUUGUUUCAACUUUUAUGUGGGCUUGAAAAACUCUUAAAACUCUUUUGUCCUCAUUGUAUUUGUCUCAAGCUCUGCCAGUUUGACAUUAAGCAUUCUCUUUCAGGGUGGACAAUUUUGGUGUUUCUUAAACAUCCAAUAAAAGCAUUUGUUUUUUUUUUUUGUGCCACUCAUUGUGAAUCACAAAUCAGACUUGGUUGUCAGACUAUGGUAAAAGAGAAUAAUGUCUUAAAGUAUGAACCACUUGUUGGUUCAUACUUUAAGAAGUGCGUAUAUCAACUUAGUUUUGGAUGCACUUGGGAAGUUUGGAGAGCACUCACUAGCCUACACUUAUUCUUCUCUCAUGCUCUCCAAACUUCCCACAUGCAUCCAUAAUUUGAUACAGCUGUAUACGCUUGCUAAGUAUAAACCAAUUCUUAAAUACAGGGGAAUUGUAAGAUAGAUGAGAAUGAGCUGACUCACAUUGUUUCAUUGCAGUAAAUUCUGUGAGAAUUAUAGGAGAAUCAGAUAUCAUGGAAGAAUUCCUGAAAUCCUCUGAAAACCAUGUUGUGGUAAUUUUAACAUUUCAUUGAUUUCACCAACCUGUUUCUUGUCGAUAAUAUCAAUGCUUACCGAAAGUGAAACUUGACUAAAAUAGAUGUAUGCACCUAGAAUAAUUUUCACAGUAGUCUGCACUCUUUUUAUGUACUUCACCUUCUGUAGGUAAAAUAGUAUUAAACACCAUCAGUACCCACUAAUAUAUGUUAACUAACAACUGUUAUUGUGAACAAAAAUUGAUUGAAGUUUGGGUCUCCACUACACUAUAAAUGUGCCAGUAUGUUUUAUGGCGAAAGGUUAGAUAUAUAUUUUUCACCUAAGAUCCCUUUUUGACUGGUCAAAUAUUUUAAAAGUAAUAUUUUACAGAAAAAUGAUACUCCACAAACCUAGAGAAACAUUGAAAUGACAAGUAUUAGUACUGCAAAACAACUAACUUACACAAAACUACUGAGUACUAUGGACAACUUAAAAAAAAAUGAGGAUAAUAUAGCACUGGCAAACUAACAUAAAGAAAAAAAAUUAUUUUGACGGCCUUUUUGUGCCAGAGAAAUUCAAAUUUACAACAUCUAGGCGUAGUUAUGAUCGACUGGAAACAACAUAACUAUAUCAGUUUGCUUUUUGUCCCACUGUACAGUGCUGUUCAUUAACAGUUAUGAUAAGACAACAUAACUGGCCUUCAAAAGAUUUGACCAGUCAAUAGCCAUUUCUGGCUGGAAAUUGUCCGUUGACAGACUGGGCAAUAUUUCAAACUCUGUGUAUGGGACAAUGUUGAGAUCUUGAGGAAGCAAAAUUAUUUAACUGGAUCUCUUAACUGUAGUCCUGUUUGGGAUAAUUUAAACAUGUUAUUUGAUCCUUCCUAUACUUCUGUAAGUGACAAUAAUGAGCGGGGAUGUAGCUAAGGAAAAGCUUAGCAGGCUUUUUUAUCAGUCAAGCUGGCUAUUUUACUCAAGUGCUCUUUCAAAAUUGCUCCAUGCUAUUGUUUACCAGAGCAGUUUGUGCCAGUGAAAUAAGCCGAUGGCUGGCUCUCAGGGACACCCCUGAUGACAUGAAGCUCUUCUUUUUUCUGUAAUCACUAGGAGAAAGACACAGAAGAUGGUAAAAUGAAAGUUGAGUUGAGAAUAUAUUUGCCUGAUGAUGCCAUUACAACGGUAACUGUGUUGAGAUGUCACAGGACGGAGGAAGUGUUUAAGGUAAAGACUAUUAACUUAGAACAUUGCAGGAUGAUGAGAAAACUCUGAAUGAUGGUCAUGCAUUUCUACAAAAACGUUUUUCAGUUGGCCUUGACAUUACAUGGUAGAAACACGAUUUUAGAUCAUUCUGACUUUAUCUAAUUGAGUCACUCUGAGUUUUAAGGCUAGGCCUCAGUUCUUUGAAGAAUAGCAUUUCGUAAACAAGGCAGUCAAAUGUCUAAAAUGGCACUUCUUGAGAACCCAAAAUUGACCCUCAUUAAGAAGAUUUUUGUCACCAUGCACUUCUAGAAAAUCACAUGUGAGUGCUUCACUUUGCCAGUCCAUUUUAACAAGGAAGUCCGUGGUUCCUUACAAAACGCCUACCACCCCCUCAAUGCUUUUUUUACAGGCAACUUUAAAACAGAAAAACACUCAGAGUGAUUUGCACUGUUACAUGUCAGAUAGUUUAUCCAGAGCCAUUGGCUAAGGACUAUGUGAAAAUGUGAUGGAAUUACAGCCUUUUCUCAUUUUGUAUUCUAUUUCAAGGCCUUGGUACAGAAGCUCAAUCUGAGCCAGGAAAAUGCUUUUAACUUUGCCCUUUUUGAGAUUAUGGAAAGUGGUUUUGGUAAGUUAUUGACAAAAUACCAUGCUUUUCAGUUUCUUUAGCUUCCAAAUAACAUAAACCAUAGGUUUAUACAAAGUUAGCAUUUAUUGUUUAAGUCUGACUACUCAUGUUUUGUGCAAAAACAUGAUUGAAUUCAGCUUUUGUGUGAUGUGAAGACUUUUUUGUGUUCACAUAUUAUGAGGAAACUUCCACCAUUCUCUUCAGCUCUUCACUGCCAAAACUCUUGAGACCCCACACUGUUCCUUGGUGAUCUCUGUGUGCCUUUUUUUUGUUGGUGACGAUAUGAUUGACAUCAACUGUAUUGAUAUUUUUGGCAGACAUUGUCCAAAUUUAAGCCAAUCAGGCAUAACGUAAUGAUUUGAAUGAAUUAUUAUACCGCUUACAUAGCAUUAAAACCAGAUUCUGCUUCCAGAAAAUGGUAAAUUAACUUGAUCCAAUUGAGUGAUGUUGCUGUGCAUUACUUUAUACCCCUAAUGUAAGGAUUCUGGGGAAAAUAAAACUAACUGGUUUCCCGAGGGACUGGACACCAAGUGGUUUUUCACUUCAAAUGCCCCAAAGAAUAAAGAGAGAAUCGAAACCAAGGAAUGAAUUACAAAGAAUUUUUUGCACUGAAUGAUUUACAAAGUCCUUUCCGUGUGCAUGUAUUAUCUACAUCUUUUCGUUCACUAGCUGUUGUAUCUUGUUAGCUUGAGCCUCCAUGUUCACGUUAAUUAAAAUGAAAAAUGACAGUAUUUUUUUUGCCCUCUGUUGUGCCCCCUUUCUACCAUGCUUUACUCACGUGCGGUAGUUUUCUGAGCAGGGUACAAAAAAUUGCUGAAUUACAUCAUGAUCAUUUAGUCAAGGCCUUGUGAUCAAGAAUCAUCCAGUGAUAUUCCCUGUUUGGUUAAAUGAAAGUCUAGGGAUAUAGCAAAAUUUUAUGACUUAUUUUGUCAGAAGUGAAGCAACAUAUCUAGGAUGUCACAUUCUUGUCAGGUGGAAGUACCUCAAAAAUUGGCUUCCAUUGUUAGCUGUCCUGCCCUUGAUAAGUGAUUAUUGAAUCUAGUGUGUGAUCCCUAGUCUAUGAUAAAAAUAUCUGUAAGUUGCGAUUUUGCUUUCAUGGCAAUUGCUUGUGUAUUUUCCCUUUGGCUCUUUGUAUGUCAUAGUUAGUUACUUCUAAAGUAAAAACAGUCAAACUGUUUUAAUAUUAUGGCCAUCCACUAACAUGGGUCUUACUUUUAUUGUGUACCUGAAUUUGAUUUGUACUAACUUCUUGUUAUGAACAUUCAAUAAAAUCCACUGAUGCUUUUCAAGUUAUUUUAAUGGUGUUUAAACCUUCUGUUGGACACAGAAGAGGGCAAAUUUAAGUUGUCUUGUCCUAUAAAAUAGUAAUACUCCUUAUGUGCAUGUAUUGUUUAAAUUAGUUAAUCUUUCUGCUCUACAUUAACAAAAAGUUAUGUGUAGUUUUAUUAUAUUAUCAUGUGCAGACCCAUUAAUGAUAGGAAUAUUUUACAGAACGAAAGCUUGAGAACAAUGAGUUGCCUCACAGUGUUUACAUUCGGAGUUAUUCCGCAUCAUCAACAACCUGCCUUGCAUUAAGAAAGUGGAAUUUUACUCUUGCUAGGGUAUGUACAGUACACUGUGCUUUGAUAAUACUUUUAAUGGCCAUCAGAAAAUGAUGAUUCUUUGGUAUAAUGCCAUCCUCGGAGACCCAGGGGCAGAUAGUGGGGGCGAGGGAAAGUCUAAAUGGGCGGAAAAAAUAUGGCACGAAGAAAAGUAAAGAACGGCGAGAAGAGCCCCUGGGGACAAUGUCUUAUCAGACCAGUUCCAAAUGGUCGCUGCCGUUCUGGCUUCUGAUUGGUGCCAGAAAACUUUAACAGUAUUGAAGUCCCUUAUUAAAACAAUUUUUUACAAAUGGUUUUAUUGGGAGAUGGAUCUUUUGUUGAUUAUCAUCAGAGGUGGGUUUUAACUGAGUUGUUAUUCAUUUGACAGGAAGUUCAGAUGAAUGACGAUGAAACUGCAUUAAAUCUUCUUUAUAACCAGGUAUUCUACACAAUUAUUUAAAAUCCAAGGCCCAGUUGUUCAAAGGCUGAUUAGCUCAAACCCAGGGUUAAAUCUUAAUCCACGUUUCUUUUUCGUUUGUUAAAAAGCAUUUUCUCGGAUACAGGGCAGGAAAAAACCCAGGUCCGAUUGCCCACGGCAAGUAAAUGUUAAUCUUGGGCAAGUAAAAAUAGAAUGACGUCAGUGGUCCUGUGAGUCUGUCUGAAAGUGUCAGCUUGGUAAAUGAUAAUUUCCAGACAGAAACUAUUUCUGCAAGUUGAGUGACACAAUUAGUUGACAGGAUGAAUUAAGUUAAAAUCAAAAAGUAAGUUUGGUUGCUUGUGUUACUCCUCUGAUCAUCAUAUUGAUCAAAUCCAGCAGUUACUCUAAUACUUACGAGUACAAGUAAUCUUAUUCACUUUGUCAUUAUCUAUGACCUAUUAUGGACAGUACCUUAGAACUAUAGAUGAUAAGGCAUUGUGUUCCCUUGCGGCAAGUAAUAUUUUAGUGGGGGCAAGUGAAACUGAAAAAUAAUUGCCCACUGGGUAAAAGGAUUUCAAUUUUUUUCCUGCCCUGAGAUAAUUUUCUUUAUUAUUUUUAGAGCAUCCAAUCAUCAAACUGUAGACAACAAGAAUUAACUGAAUUUGCUUUUUAAUUCAAAUUUCACACUAACCCUGGGCUAUUUUAACCCAGCUUUGAAAAACCCAGCCCAGGGCCAGACCUCAACCGUUGACCUGGCCCCAGGCCUACCCAGUGAUUUUCUGCCAGGACUGUGUGCUUUGCUAUUGCUCACUUCAUUAAAUAAUAUUUUCCUUUGGCGUUAAUCAGCGUCUGCAAAACGCCUUACACUGUGGAAAGAUUUGAAAGUGCUUUUCCAGUACAAUGUGGAGGGAAGUGAUAAAGACUUUGAACAAGCAGGUGUAAUGGGUCAGUUUAUCUUGCAGGCAGUUGGUGACUUAAGAAGAAGAACGCUGUUACCUGGGAAAAACUUACAAAAGAUCAAAGAGCUACAGGCUGCCAAUAAGAAAAAAGAAGUAAGUGAAAGAAAAUCUUUUUUUGCAAGCAUAAAACAGCAUGUGAUUAAAUUGUACUCAGUUCAAAAUUACUGCCAAGAAAGCAUAACACAUCUCCUAUGUUUUAAGUACUGGUAGGUACUUUUUGGAUGUAUAGUGAAGAUACGUGUGUACUUUUUCAUGUACAAGUAAGCAUAUUCUAGCCUUCUAGGCUGUAAUAGGACUGAUCUUGCAAAACUCUUUGCUAUUGUCAUGUUAGUAGUACCUAGACUGCAAAACAUUCCGUAUACUUGCGUAGGUCAAGAACGCGCCGGAGUGAGGCCAUACGAAGGUCCUAGAGUGAGGGUGAAAACGGAGCGUGAGACUGGAUAGACGCGCUACGGUCGCGCGCCUCGCGCCUCGCGCCUUGAAAAACCAAUGUUAAGGAAAAACAUCCGACCAUUUUUCAUUCUAAGUGGUACCCUUUGAAAUUAAAGGUGCAUUUGUUUCUGAAACUGUUCUUUGUAGUUGUCUGCUACAUAUUUAAAGUUUCCCGUUGUGUCGUUUGCAGUUUUUGGAUGUUGCGAGGACUUUAGAGGGAUAUGGAACAGUUGUGUUCCCCCACUGCGCUUGUGAUGCAAGAAAAAGUGGCCAUGUUAUUGUGUCAAUAAGUUUAAACAGUUUCCGAUUACAGGCUUGUUCAGAUCAGGGCGAUAAAGAGGUCAGUUUUAGUUAAUCUAAAAUUUACCAGGCAACUUCUUAUCUUAUUACGCCUGCAGUAGAGUUUGUGAUUAGGGAGAGGGUGGUCGAUUGCCCCCCCCCCCCCCAACUCCAUCUUUCGUCUUAUGUCCAGCCUAUUAAUCUUCUACUCUAUUAAGUCUUCCUUCAAAAUCAAAGCUGGCGGCUGCAGGACAUAAUUGAGCGCUCGCUCGCCUGAAACUGCUAUAAUUUAUACAAACUAAGUUAUGAAACUUAUCAUGACUAGAUUGCGAGCAAGCUCUCUGUGGGGUUGCGGGGGGGGGGGGGGCUCUGGGGUGGGGGAAAAGGGAAAGAGAGUUCCCUUCACAAAGUUUGCUCGCAGGGUGAUUCUUUUACUAUGAAGGCAGAUCACCUAGGGUUAUUUUAUGCCCCGAAAAAAUCAAGUUAGAAAGUAAAACCCAAAGUUUCCGUGUAAAUGGCAUUUUCGUCUUAAAUAUUAAUAUGUCUUACCUAAGAACUUCCUGUAACACCUGUUCUUAAAUAAGACACUUCUUAGUUAAGGCGAAGAAAACGUCGUUAUUUAAGCACGCGACGUGUUGGAUACUUGAAAACGGGACCGAAACUAGACGCGAACCAGCUAUACCAGCUGUUCCCGACUUACUUUAGGACGCAUCUAAUUAUUCCUCUCGCAAAUGGUACAGGUAUGACUCUUUGUGUUUGUUUUUCUUUUCUUUUAAGGAUCAGGAACAUACAUUUAACUGGGAGGAUCUGACUAAUUGGGAAGCCGAUGAUGAAGCCAUGGCUUUCUGCUUCGAGUACAGCAAAGGGGGCAAAAAACCAAGAUGGGUGAAAAUUUAUUCACAAUAUGUACGUCGAUAUGUUGAGUUAUCUGCCUGGUUGGUUCUAGAAAGAGAGAGGGAAAGGAAAAGAGGAUUUCCGUCCACGAAAAAAAGCGGAGAGAGCGCGGAGCGCGAAAUAAGGGAGGACACCGCGCUCUCGCGCGUGUCCACUUCUCUUUCCGUUUCUAGUGCCAAUCAUGCCCACUAAUACUGAGGUUUUUUUACUUACUUAGCUUAUUUUUUGUGAAAAAUAAUUUGUUUGUUUGACUUAUCAGACUUUUUACUAAGAUGGCACUGCUACAUGGAGUGUUUUUCAGAGAUAUUAGGCUGAUUUAGCAACAGAACGGGAACGUCAGUUGACGGCGGCGCACGCAGACCAAACAACUGGCUUGACCAUUGGCAGAGCGGCAAAUUGGGCACCUGAAGUCGUGUUUAGUCUUUUCCGCGCGCUUUCCCGUCGUGAACUGACGUUCCCGUCCUGUUGCUAAAUCAGCCUAUUAACAAGCACUCAAAAACAGGGUCGAGCCACCUUAACUUGCGUAUUUCAUUAAACAAGAAAUUUUGCGUAUGUUUCAUCCUCAUCUAACUUGUUACAGUUUCGAUAUACGAAGUUGUAUAAUUAGAGUUUGUGACACUUAAUGUAGGUCUGGAUUCUAUUUAGUUACAUUUCUGUUUUCUUUUAGUUUGCGUUCAUGAACACAUGUGUGAAGAGAGUGAUGGAUGAAAUUGAGUGGAAUAAACAGGUAAAAUUAAUAUAUAUUUAAUCAAUAUAAUAAAUUUAAUUGACAACUUUGAGAACGACUGUGUGACGGCUCAAAAGGACGUCUGCUUAGAAGGCUACACAAUGGGUGCUUUUGACUACAUUGUUCAGGGCUCAAAAUAACGGCCGAUCAACGGACAAUGUCUGGCCAAGAUUGCCAUUUGUCCGUGCAAACUUUAGGCUUGCCUGUCAUUUUGACCGAAGACGUAAAUAAACGACUAGGAAAAAAAACUUUUUCACACUAUUCCUUUUUUUUUUGACUUUUUGUUUUUGCUUUUUAGGUUAGUUCGUUUAAUUUAGUUACUGUGUUAUUUUAAACAUAUUGACCGAGCUGAAAUUUAUUUGGGUGGUUAACACAACCGGCAGCACACCCAAAUUUAUUUUGAGCCUAUUUCCGAUACUUACAAUGUAUAGGACUGGAGGUAGCCUCUUCCUCGGGGGCUUAGAAACUCCCGCGAGACUGGGUAAGUGAUUGACGGGAAACAAGGGAAGCGCAAGGCGUCGUGGUAAGAAGAGGAAACUUCUCGGUACGGUGGGUGGUUAUGAGUUUGAAUCCAGUCAGGAAACCAGUGUUUUUUUUAUCUGUAUCCCGCACUUAUGACGCAAUGAGCAUUUCGUCAUUGUCACGCGUUGUGAUGGUUAAACAGGUUUUUACACUCCACGCGUGUGACUCCUUUUGCGUGUGUUCUUUUCAUAGGACGGUAUUUUACCGUUAUAUCCAAGUCAAAUUGAGGGAAACGGAGAAGUAGAUGAAUCUAACGAUAGCACAGAAUCACAAGACACGGUAGAAAGUGUUUCAUUUUGAUUGCAUAAGUUAUUAUUUCAAGUUUUUUUGUUUGUUUGUUUGUUUGUUUGUUUUCUUGUUGUUGUUGUUGUUGUUGUUACCUGGAUGUACUUCAGUUCUUUUUGGUGAAAUACUGGACUAAGGUGGUGUAGUCGGCUUGUAACCGAGGUUUUACGACGUUUUAACAAGGAUUAUCCUUGUCGAAAUUUAUUUCAUUUUCGGUAGUAAUUAAAAGAGUGGCAAUCAAGUUCAUGUUUUAAGAUGGUGGGUGUCUAUGUCUUCUUUUCUAGAGUGUUAAAGCGACAUCCAUCUCAAAGAGCCACCCAAAGUCUUCUUCAAAAGGCAAUCAGAAAUUUGCGGCUCCUAAAACAACCCCUAAAAACCGACAUUCUGCGAUCGAUGACGAGGAUUUGUGAUUUGCGAACUCAAAUGAAUGAAUAGAUGAUUGGGUUACAGAAAGAGCCGGCUGACGGUCCUGUGGGGACUGGCUGUCCUGUGCAGUCUGGCUAUCAUGUGGUGACUUUUCAGACAAGUGAUGAGACUGUACUGAAUUUCCUCGGAUUAAUCGAGAAUCAUACCAAUAAUAGCCGAUUUUACUGCUUAGUUUGUCUUAAAAGGUUAUACUUAAGGUCUAGAAUCAGUUCUGUAGAACCAUUUUGUAGGAGGAUUACCUUAUGGUUUUGGGAUUAAAUUGGAAAUUUUUUUCACGUGGGGACUUAAAGGUAAUAAUUAGCAAUUAUUCCUCGAGCUCGAAUGGGCUGGCCUCAUGGGCUAUUGACUCAGAGGCCAUGAGGGCGCGAGGAAUAAUUGUUUUGGUAAAAUCCAACUAGUUGGUAAAAAAUAUCGAGACAAAACAACUUUAGCUAGCAAAACACGAUUCAGCCGCCAUUGUUUUGCUUUCAAAGCCGGCGCUUUUCGCUCCUAGGGGGCUAUAAAAUAUAGUCUAGUAGUAGCUCAACCAAUCAGAACGCAGCAUUGAUAAUAGACCACUAGUUGGAUUUUUCUAACUUAGAAUAUAACAUAUGUAGUAAUAUAUACCACUGAUAUUAGUAUUAUAAAGGAAAUAAAGGGAGAGUUAAAGAAUCAACCAUAAGAGGACACAGAAAAAUCUGAGCCCCAGAUGGGAUUCAGAUUUGUUGCUUGUGAUGGGCCACGUGACUGCGUGAUGCAGUUCGCGUGAUGCGGUUCGCAAGUCCAACCCACAAAAAAUGACCAUUGCUCGCCAACGAGUCCUCAGUGGCUCAGAGGUUAGAGCAUCCGAUCUAGAACACGGAGGGUCGUGGGUUCGAAUCCCAGCUGGGGCUCCGAUUUCUUCUAUGUCCUCUUAUGGUUGAUUCUUUAAUUCUCCAUUUAUUUCCGUUAUAAUAAUAUAUAACUAAGUUUCUAAGUUGCCAAAUAUCGGUAUUUUCUAGUAACAAGGACAGACGGCACCUAGUAUACUGGCUGCCAAGUCAAGUAAAAUAGAUAGAUCUAGUACUGUUCAGUGAAUAGAUUACAAGUACUGCAGAGGUAAUGUAACUUGAGCCUUCUGUACUAGAUGGACAAAGCAAACAAACUACCCCAGGGUCUGGUAGUGUGUGGAUGUUUCAACGGCUGGUUCCGAGCCUGCGAAAUUGAGAAUCAAAUAAUAUAACAGUUUUCCACUGUUAUUCAAACUCGACAUUUUUUUUUUACUAUGAUGAGUGAAUUUUUUAUUCCCGUGAAUUAACGAAAUUAGUAUGACGCAAAAUCAAUAUUAGUAAACAUAACUUACUUGUCCCUAAGCUCUUUUGUUGGCGUUGGGAGUUGUGAUAGAUACAAUUUAGUAACCCUGAGGCUACCAAAAUAUUGAAGCUGGUACAAAUAUUUUGGGGGUCACUUUGAGGAGGCGGACAUGAAAAUUUUGGGGGGAUUUUCAAAAUACAAAUUGUAGUUUACAGUGUAGCUAGAGUUCAAGCCCAGUACCUCAAAACGAGAGGAACGUUCCCGCCAACCUCACCACCGAGUUCGCUUUACAAUCUCCAUAAAAACUGUUCAUUAAUGUAUUUGUGGUGCAGAACAAGCGUCCGAGUUUCUCUACACCUUCUUAGCCUUUAUCCCGACAUUAAUUCAUGGUUAAUGUAGCUGUUGUAGCUGAUCUAAACCAGGCUCAGGAGCUCAUGUCAUGCAUGGUAACCAGAAUUCUAUCAUGAUGUAAUCUUGUGUCCAGCUAUCUGACGUACAGACGGACACCAGGGAGAUCUGAUUGUCAGAUAACUCGUAAACAGGUUCUGCCGUCUUGAAUUGAUCCCAAGAAAUUUCUACGUGUGACUGCGGUGAAUUGCGGACAGCCUUGUGGCGAGUCGAAACGAGUCGAAACAAAAAGCUGGAAUAAUUUUUGGUUUGUGACUGUUAUUUUUCUGAACCUAAUCACCUUCUAUUACAUUGUAGUGAGGGCUGGGUUACUGUCGGGAAUUUCCCUUACGUUUGCUACCGACUACUAGCAACCUACUGUAAACUGUGCCAGCAAGAACACUUUUUACUGUCACGAAGAAAAUGUAAAUUAGAAAUCGACAGUCUUAGAAGUCUAUAUAAAAAGGUAAAUAUACAGUGAGAACCGUGGGUUGUUUGUUGUGUUUAUCUGUCAUAUGUAAGCACGUCUUUCCUCAGUUUUAAAUAUUUUUUAUAGCCUUGUUUUCUCAACUAUGUGUAUACUGUUUCCCGAACUGCCUAGAUAGUCUCGAGGAUAGUCUUAGCAUUUUUUGUAACAUAUGCGUUUACUGAUGAAACCGUUACAGCGAAAAAUGUUGGGAAACUGUUUUGAUUAAAAAAUGUCCCUGUC